AUGGCUGCACAACCAGACGAAACGUCGGCGAAACGAACAGUUUCACAAAGACGAAAUCUGUUCGAAGUUCUGUUUAAAAAAUUCAAUAAUUUUUAUGAAAAAAUUUUCUCAAACAUCGGCAAACAGCUCGGUCAUAGGCCUGUCAUCUACAUUUUCAUAUCAAUUGCGCUAACCGGUCUAUGCUCUUUGGGUUUCCUGCGUUCAAAUAUAAUCAAUAAUGCUGACAUUCUUUUCAUACCAACUGACUGCAAAAGUGUUCGCGAUCGCGAUGUGGUUGCCAAGAAAUUGCCACUCAAUUACGACGAUUAUUAUCUUCAUCAAGAUUUUGAUCUAGGCAUAUACGGAGAUGUGAUCUUCAUUACCAGAAAUCAUGGAAAUAUUCGUCGCCCGAACGUUCGCAAUGAAUUAGCACGCAUUUAUAACCUAAUACAGCAUAUCAAUGUUACGUAUGAAAAUCGAACAUAUUUCUACGAAGAUCUUUGUGCCAAACGAGAUCAUCGAUGUGUCACUGAAGGUGAUCUCUUCUUCCGCGAAUCAUUUUGGCAGCGUUUACAAGAUAAAGAAUUACAAAAUUACCUCGCAAAUGAUCUCUACACAGAUGAUGACGGCAACGCGAAUUUCCUACCAUUUAUAUUUGGCAACAGCUUCACGAUUAAUUUCGAGAAAAGUACGUUGUUUUCUAAAGUGUUGAAGCUACAUUUUAACCUACGGCGAACUACGAUCGUGAAUGGCAAGUUGGUAAAUGUGGAAAAUAUCAGUCGAAUGUGGGAGCAAGCAUUCUUAGAAUUCUUCGAACAUUUUCAUUCCGUUAUGGUGCAAACUAUCUAUUCUGUGUCGACGUCAAUUGAUCAAGAAUUAGAAAAGAAUAUUAUGCUCGAUAUGAUGUUGGUGGUGGUGACGUUUAUUGUUAUGAUCGUUGUGGCUACGAUCUGCUUGUCAAUACGUAGUACAUUUGCUCAAUCGCCGAUGUAUUUAUCAGGUUCAGGUGUUCUAGCAACAAUGUUAGGACUAGUAUCUGGUUUUGGAAUGUGUUUAUUAGUUGGUAUACCUAUGUGUUCAUUGGUAUUUGUCACACCGUUUUUAGUUAUUGGCGUCGGUACGGAUGAUAUGUUUUUAAUCUAUUCGGCAUAUCGACGAACGAAAUCAUCGGAUACAACAGUACAAAGACUAGCAGAAACAUUUCGACUAUGCGGUUCAGGUAUAACAAUUACAUCGUUAACAAAUGUUAUUGCCUUCCUAGCGGGAGCAACAACGAAUUUCUACGGAAUACGUUUAUUCUGUUUUUAUACAAGUGCUUCACUCGCUUUUUGCUAUUUCUAUCAAAUCAUGUUGUUUGGUAGUACUAUUGCUUUGUACAACAAUUGUAUUAAUAACAAUCGCCAUACAGUCAUUCUGUGUCUUACCGAUCAUACAUCAUCAACAGAUAAUCCAAAAAGUCGACGUCGUCGCCGACAACACUGUUUACCAUUGAAAGGAAUGUUUGUUUAUAUUACAAAACCAUUAUUUACAACCUAUGGUCAAAUCAUAGUCUGCUCAAUCUUUGUUAUUUAUACAAUAUUUGCUGUCUACGGGGCGUUGCAAAUGCGUGACGGAAUGAAAUUGGGACAUUUAUUGAACGAUAAAUCCUAUGCCAAGUUAUAUUAUGACACUCUAGAUGAAGAAUUCGAUAUUCAUCCAUUAGUACAAUUUAUCAUCACAGAACCUAUACCCUAUUGGAGACAUGAUUAUAUCAAGCGAAUAAGAGAUUUCAUUUCUCAGGCCAAGCAAUUAGAUGGUAUGGAUAAAAAUUUCGAAAUAGCUUGGUUUUCUCUCUUGGGCUACAAUGGAUACGAACAUCCAUUAGAUAAUGGAACACUAUUUAUGGACACUAUUCACGGUUUUGUCAAUUUAUUUCCUCCCUUUGCUAAUGAUUUGAUAUUUAACAAAACUCAUUUAUUAACUAGUCGUUUUUAUUUAAAAUAUGCAGUUGUUCAUUACAAUUCCAAUGAUGGUCGUUUAGUUAAUCAAUUGUAUUCUCUCGCCGAACAAUCACAAUUACCGAUCAAAGUAUACAGUAGUCUUUUCAAGUACUAUGAACAAAUGUACGAAGUUAUCCCGAACAUAAUUCAAACAUUUCUUAUCGCUAUCGAAGCGAUGUAUUUAGCAACGUUACUAAUGAUUCCUGAUCUCAAAUCUGUUAUUAUCAUUAUCUCUACAAUGGGAAUGAUCUUGACGAGUCUUGUUGCAAUAUUACAUAUUUGGGGUAUCCAAGCAUCAUCAGUUAUGAUGGUUGAACUAGUUAUGUCAGUUGGAUUUUGCUCAGAUUUCUGUGUACAUAUUGUACAUGCAUUUUUGACAGGAACAGGCACAAGAAAAGAGCGUGCACAGCAAGCAUUGAUAAAUAUGGGAAUGCCAAUAUUAUGUGCAUGUCUAUCAUCCAUUAUUGGUGUUUUUUUCCUGGGUGCCGCUCAUUCAUAUCUAUUUCGAACAUUUUUCAAAACGAUUGUUGCCAUUAUGAUCUUAGGAGCAGUACAUGCUCUGUGUUUCCUACCGGUUAUUCUUUCUGUGAUUGGUUCCCAUUGGCCAUCGCACAUGAUUAAUAGAAUACAACACAGCGAUACAUAUCAAAUGGCGUCAAUAAAUACAAAUAAUACUCAGACGACUGGUAAUUUGAAUGAAGAAACUCUCCUGAAUAGAGAUAAUCUACAAAGAACAUCGAAUACAAUUGAAGAAGAAGAGGAUAAAGACGAGUUGAUGUCAACAACAACAACAACAACGAAAAAUAUCAUUUAA